AUGGUUGGAGUUAAAAAAAGACCUGUUAAAAAAUUUAAUUUUGAAAUUAAUUUGAAAAAUGAAAUUGAAGAAAAAGUAAGAUCAUAUAUUAUUUCAGAUAGAAAUAAAAUGAAAGAAAAGUAUAAGCAAAAAAGAAAAAAAAAAAUAAGAAGAAGAAUUAAGAUGGAAAAUAAAAUUUCAACUUUUGUUUUUCCUAAUUCCAGAAAAGAAAAAAAAUUAAGAUUAAGCUACAUCAAUAAAUUUAUUAAGAAAAAAAAAAUAAUAAAACAAUAUUUGAAAGAAAUAAGAGAUAAAAUUAGGGAUUAUCAAAAUUUGAUUAAUAAUAAUGUACAAAUAACUAAUUAG